AUGCCACCAUUCACCCCUGAGCAAUGCCUCUUCUGUGGAAAGCUCUCACCAAGCUUCAAUGACAGUGUGGUACACGUGCGAGAAUCACACGGCCUGUUUGUUCCUCAUCAGCAACAACUAGCAGUCGACCUCGAGACUCUGUUCAGAUAUCUACAUCUUAUUAUCUUCGGAUAUCGAGAAUGCAUAAAAUGCGGAACAAAGAGGGCUACAGUACAAGCCGUACAGCAGCAUAUGACCGGCAAAGGCCAUUGCAAUUUUGACACAUCAGGAGAAGACUCGGAGUUUGCUGAAUUCUACGACUUCUCUGAGACGGAAGACGCCUCAGAGAGUGAAACUGAAGGCGACGGCUAUAAGAGUGAUCAGGAGGAAACGGCAGCAAGCUCGAGUCAAAAGCCACUACCAGCUGGUCAGGACUCGAUGCGUUUACCAUCAGGUAAAAUCAUAUCGAGGCAGUCAUCAGCACAAGCAGGGCCGACAUUCACCCAGCUGCGCCGUCGAGCCCGCACGUAUGCCUCACGACUAGAGCACACUCUGGUUCAAGCCGGCGACGACGAGGACGAGAAACAGGAGCAGGGCUCUAGCAAAGAGGAUCCCGACUCGGUCGCACACGAUACGCGGCUGUUGCCGAAGAGGGAGAAACGGGAGAAAGGGACAGUGACAUAUCAGAUGGCGAGCAUGAGCGUCAGCGACCGAAACAGUCUGGUGCACCUGCCGGCGUCUCAGCAGCGCGCAAUAUUGGCGGCCCAAUUCAGGCACACGGUGAAGGUGCAGAAGGAGGAGAGGCGGAGACAGGGGAAAGUUGAUCGGAAGGGAAACAAGAACUUGUAUGCGUAUUGGCAUACGGAAACGCCCGUCUACCAAUGUGGCUAG